AUGAUAAGAACACUUGCAAGAAGACGAUUUUCAGAUCUCCCCAAUUUCAUUCCUACAAGUGCUGAGGCGAUUUCAAGGCUACCUCCGUUUUUAGAGUUUUACAGGCCAGUUAUUGAGGCAACGCAACAUAUUAUUGAAAAUAUCCAGCUAUUUACAGGGUGCCCAUGGUGGAUUUCUAUAGGUAUUCUAACUCUCUUGGUCCGCUCUUCAAUGAUUCCUUUCUUAUUUUUACAAAUGAAGUCAAUGAGCCCUCUAGCCAGGGCUUGGCCAGAUCACCGCUUCAAUUAUGAGCUGACAAAUGACGCGAAAAUGAAUAAAAUCAAAAAGUUUUUCACAUUCCUCAAAUCCUCUAACCAGAUCAACAAGUAAAAAUCAUUUUAGACAUCAUGGAGUCAAGGUUGUAAGGGCUGGACUAUAUGGUUUUUUGCAAGUUCCUCAUUUUUUAACGUACAUAUGGUCUGUAAGAAUGCUUUGUGUAAAUAAUAAAAGCCUGGAAACUGGAGGCGCGCUGUGGUUUCAGAAUUUAAAUGAGCCUGACCCGUAUAUGAUUUUGCCUUUUGUUUCAUUGACGCUAACUUAUUUAAAUUUACAAGUAAAGAUUAUUUAGAGAGGAAUCACCCCUCAGACAAAAGAUUGGAUUAUAAAUAGGAUUAGAGGGUUAAUCCAAAUCUCAACAAUUUUAACAUUGCCAGUGGCUGUUCAUUGGCCAGCUGUAUUCAUUAAAUUAGGGUGUUUUUUGCUAUUGGGGUGUAAGUGCUGGAUUUUCGCUGGCACAGUCUUAUUUACUGACACAUCCUGCAUUUAUUAAAAAAUAUAACCCAAAUUAUGAAGAAGAUAUGAAAAACUUAGGGAAGGCAAGCCAAGCUUUUGAUCCAGAAGAAGGAGAAAGAAUGGUAAAUCAUAUAUGUACUGGAGAAGAGUCAUAUGCGUCUAUUUCAGAAAAAGAAGCUCUUAUAGAUAUAGAUAAAUAUCUAAAAGAGCAGAAAAAGAUGGUAAAAGAGAUGCAAAACAAAAGCUAA